UGACGCCGAACUGUCAGAUUGACUGGCGUAUUGAUUAAGUGCACGUGAGCAAGAGUUUCGAAUCGUAAAAGGGCCAUGGCAUGGGCUAGCCGGCGAGCGUGCCGUGGUGGGUGAUGUACUUGAAAGCAUGACUUCACAAAAUUAUGGGCAUUUGCGGUAGUAAACACCUUAAAGACCAGAGCGAACACAGUAGUUUACCGGCCAGUGAGGUCACUAACAAACAUAUUCCAUUUGAGAAAGCCACUGGUUACCCAUAUUUCUCUGACACCAGUUCGCAAGAUGUUCGCAGUGGGAGCGCUUUGACAGGAAGUACUAAGCACCGGAGCUCCGACCAAAGUUGCUUUUCUGGUGUCCUUCAGCGUAACGUCACGCCCUGCAAUAAAGGACAGCCAGAUGAGUACCUAGACACUGUAACUGCGGACUCAAAUUGCCCCGAUAAGUUCAUCGCGUUCACGCGGUCCGGAGGAAAUAUAGAUGAUUUAAUCGCCAACAAUGCACCCCCAGCAGGAUGGAACGACAUUUUAUUACAGAAAUACCCCGUAACCUGCAAAGCGAUCAAGGUGGGGGGAGACCGAAGCAUAUAUCGAGCGGUGAUACAUGUGAAUGAUGAGGAACUAUCUACCAAAAGGCAUUUUCUGGCAUUUCAUCAAAUCCUGAUCCAUCGGAUGGAACCAGCCGAGUUUAUCAAUUGGUGCAAGCAGCAUGAAAUGUACAACACCGUUACAGACUACAUCGCCCUAUACGUGGCAUCCAGAUUCCACGGUCACGGUAGUGCUUGUCUUCGUGGCCUAGCCAGAGAUCGCAAUGCGAUCAAAGUCGACAUCACGGAUAGGUUUUUCGCACCCAACGGCGUAUUCAGAGCCAUUGUGUUUCACGCACACACUUUGGCGGACGUUCGUCGCCUUGUUAACAGUUAUCUGCAACGGUUGACGCCUUCGGCCCGCCGAAGCGCCAGAUGUGGCUUUCCUGAAAACGUGCUUGAAAUGUACGAUGGAGAUUUAAGACGCAACACUAACCAGAUGGUCAAAACAUAAAUUUUGGUUCAAAAGCGUGUUCCAUUGAGUUGUACAAUUUGCGUUCAUUUGGUUUUGUACCAGGAUUUCAAAUUAUAUUUAGCGUGUUGUCUCACAACCACUGAAGUAUAACUUGCAUCACUUCCUUUUA